UAGCGCGCAUGCGCAGUCAGCCGCACAGACGACCGGAAGUUAAGAAAGCAGGGUGACAGGUGUGUCAACUUCGUUUCCCUCGUAUCGGUUCACUUGCAAGUCGCUCACAGUAGGGCGGUUCAGUAUUUGCAAUCUGGUUGGUUUCUUCAGAAUUCCGUUAUCGGACAAAUAGGAUUACAUCUCUUCAGUCUGAUAAAUUAAAAGGGCAUUGAAAUUGCUUUGCAUUUAACAGAAGUGCUGGCUAAUUGCACAAGCAACCAAGAAAUAACACCUGGUAGAUGAUUUCCACAUGGCCUGAUCUUCUGAUGCCACCUGGCAAGCUGCUGAAGCUCACUGAGUUCAUUUUGCAUGUUUGUGUGUCUUGUCGAGACUGAAUGGCAUCCCAUGGUUCCAAGGAGGGUUUGGAUGAUUACUGGAAUGAGUUUAAGGAAAUAGAAGAGAACAAAGAUGGGGAGGAGGAGGAAGAGCUCCCUAAGACUCCUGAUGAAGGUGAAGCAGAAGCAGAGUGGCUGACAAAUGCUGGCUAUGGUUUUGUCGUAUCAAAAUUCUGUGAUGGGCGUGACCUCAGUGACGAUGAACUGGAAGGAUUGACAUCGACUCUGACUCGCCCUCAAGCAGAAGCAGUCAGGAAGCGUAUUGACUACCUGAGCACCACCAUGCGCAAAAAGCGGGCCAUGAGUAAACUGCACGUCAAAGACAUCUUUGCAGCUAAUAACAGUAGCAGUUCCCCAGAACCAUCCAGUCCUCGCAGCUCUCUUGAUGUCUCUGGAGCCGAGAACCAGACCCCCAAUCGACGAACUCCAUCCUUCCACUACCGUAAAGGAGAGUACACUUUAGAAGGGGCCAAAGUUGAAGAAGUCCGGGGAAUAGAAGAAGGAGUUGAAGCCUUGAGUUUCCGAGAACAAGGAUCUGUCAAACUGCCAACUAAUCGCCUUUCUAGAAAAUCAUUGAGUCCCCUGCCUGCUUUAUCUGAUGCUGAGAUCUCAAUAGAGUUUCAUUUGGAAGAAAAAGACAAUCAGAAUCAACAGUUGAAACCCGAUCCUCACAAGGUGGACUUGCCGGCAUUUCAGCCCAAACAAGAUUCUCUGGGCAUCACCAUGAUCGAUGACAUUUCCUCAGGAGACAUGGAACGAAUUCAGCCACUUGCCCUCAUAGAGCUGACAGCUUUGUUUGACACAUACAACAUAUCUUACACUAAGCUGAAGAGGAAGAAAAAGUCUCGAGAACACGGACUUUUUGGUGUUCCACUGACACUUCUAGUAGAGACAGACCGUAAACGAGUUCCUGGUACACGUGUCCCACUAGUCUUUCAGACUUUGAUAAACCAUUUAGAGAAGGAGGCCUUGGACAUGGAGGGACUUCUGCGAAUUCCAGGAUCUGUCACAAGAGUCAAGCAACUUCGAGAAGAGCUGGAGGAAAAGUUUUAUGGGGGAACAUUUCCUUGGUCUGAAGUCUGGGCUAACGAUGCUGCUGCACUUCUGAAGCAGUUCCUGAGAGAAUUGCCUGAACCUCUUCUCACGUACAAUUACCUGGAGGCUUUUUCACAAGUAGAACAGAUUCCCUCAACUUUGGAACAGCUCAAGUCACUCAACUUGCUCAUUCUUCUUUUGCCUGUGGAGCAUCGGGACAUGCUACGGGUAUUGUUACAGUUCCUUCGGAAUAUAGUGGCACACUCUGAUCAGAAUAAGAUGGGACUGAACAACAUUUCAAUGAUCAUUGCUCCCAACCUCUUUCUGGCACCAACACUUAAAGGUAAAUCCAAGGCAGAGGGUCCACUAGAGCUACACAAGGCGACGAACACAUCCAAUAUAGUCAAGAUGCUGAUCCAUUAUCAAAAUGUCUUGUGGACGAUUCCAUCGUCAUUUGUGGCCCAGGUCCGACACCAGUACAAGACAGAAAUGAACCGCAGGAUACGUGGGGAGAAAAGGAAAUUGUGGAAAAAGAAGGAUCGUUCAGAAGCAUAUAAAAAAGCAGGGACGGAGACGGACGUGCAGAAUGGAGUGAUCCGAGUGCAAGCACCAGAACUGACCAAAAGCUCCUGUUUGAUCCAGCUGGAUGACCAAAUAACUGCGGGUGAUAUUGUUGCCAAGUUCCGGCGUGACUAUGGUAGUGGGCCUUCCACGGUUGAACCUCAAAACAGGAAAGACAGUGAAACAAAGGGGCAUCUGGGAUUCAACAAUCCCAAGAAGGCACAGUUUGCUGAUGACCAUGCACAUCUGUUUGAAGUAGGCGGAAACAUUGGUGAGAGGUGUUUGGAUCCACAGACACGCAUGAUGAAGCUAUAUCAGGUCAACCCUACAGCUGAGUGGGUGAUCCGGUUGAACAUCAAGCGCUAAUCUCUCCAGCUAUCUUGUUGAGUAGCAGCCACUAGCUACUUAGCUGUCCAGUUGAACAUCAGCCAGUAAUCCUACAGCUGCCUGGUUGAACAUCGCCCAGUAAUUCUACAGCUGUCCAGUUGAACAUCAGUCAGUAAUUCUACAUCUGUCUGGUUGAACAAGCCAGUGACCUUACAGGUAUAUUAUGGCAGCAGCUGCCAGGAGAUCUUGUGUCUAUUACCAAAUUUCUUCAUCUAGUUUUGUGACAUCUUAUAUGCUGGACAUGUGUGGAGACUUGUUACACUACAUAGUCAAUACUGUCAUUGCUGUACAUAUAAGGAUGUGCAUAUCAGUUCUACAAUGAACACAUUGCAACUUGUACAUGAAAGUUUGCCUAGUUCAACUCAUGCUCUGACAAUGAAGCCAGCACAGUUCUAGUCAAACUUAAAGGAAUCCCAAACAGUCUUUCUAUGCACAUUUUUAUUUUUUUUUUGGCGAUGCUUCCCUGUGUGGUAAAGUGUUUCUGUCUCUUGAUCUUUUUAAGUGUAUAGUGAUGCCUGAUUGGACCAACCCUUGUAAUCACCGCAGCAGUGAACCAACUGAGAAUAUUGCCAUUGUGUGCCUUUGUUAAUGAAAAUGUUAAGUGUGUGAUGAGUGGUUGUUUAGGACCAUGCAUUUCCCAUUUUCACCUUGCUGCUGUUGCACCAUUUGAGAAUAAACCAUAGAUCUAAUAGAGGAUGGAUUGUUGAGAAGAUGUGUGCUUUCAAGAUAAUUGCUAGUUGUUUUUCAUUGAUCAGCAGGGCAGUUCAACAGUGGGAUAUAUGUUUAAUGUUUAACAUUUUCUUGUAAGCAUUUCAAUCACAGUUUCAAGGAUUACCAGUAAGAUAUGAAGGAUGACAUGAGAAAGACUAUGGCAACAAUAGUUUUUGUCAGCAUCUUGUUCAGUAGUGUCAUACUACAUUUGUUAUUCUGAUGUUUUUUGAAUACCACUUAAAAAAAAACAAAAAACAAAGCUAUGUUUAGUCUUGACUCAGAAUUUUCAUCUUUGCAUCAGCUCUGGAUAUUUUUCAAACUGGUAAAACUUGAUAGAAAACGUUUGAGUGCUUUGUUCAAUCUCAGAAAAGUAAGUCAUGUUUGGCUGUUUGGGACUUUGUAUAAAUUCUUUCACUUCAUCUUGUAAAUAUUUGAGAUCAUGCAAUUUCUCACUAUAAACAAUUUUGUUUUUCAUGGUGCAUCUGUAGUUCAUUAGAAUGAGUUUCUGUAACUGUUUCAUUAUGCAGUGUAUGACCUGUAAAAAAAAACUGAUAAGAUUGGCAUAGUAACAGAAUCCAGCAGAGUGGUACCCCUCCUCCCAGCACAUCAUUGCAGCUGUGGGCUUAUGUUUUUUGGUAGUAGACUUUGCAGUUUGCAAGUGCCAUGGUCAUGGAGAAAUGAUAAAAAAUCACAUAUCAGGUUUUUCAACCUUGCAGCCAUCUAAAGAUUUAACAAAAUACCAGAAGAUUGAACACAACCAGCUGAGACAUCAAGAUUCUUGUCUCCAGGUUGAGGAUCCAUAACACAAAGUGUUUGUGGAAAUUAGGAUAAAGAAAUUUUUUUAAUAAAAUGGAUAGCUGCUUAAGUGAUACAAAUGUCAGUGCCUGAAUACAGAAUAUAGUUGUGUGGACUGUUUAGUAACAUGAGAAGUGUGCAAGAAGACUCCAUAGCCAUUGAUGUCAGUGUAUGCAUUUCAUCUUCAGAUGUCAGAGGAUGGCUCCUGCUUCACUUUACGCACCAUUUUUGUCAGAUCAGCAGCAAAAUGUUUACAUUUUUGUAUCGUAAACAUUUACUCACGACUGUGAGGCAAUUUUUCAGGGUUGUGCAGACAUGAAGAGGUAAUGUGCAAUGAUUUUAUUAUUAUGUUGACUAAUCUAGUAUUGAUUCAUGCUUUUGUAACAUCUAUGAUUUUUUUGCAUACAUAUUGUCAUCUUACUGUACAGGGGAAAAAUGGUUGUUUGAAUUUCAUUUCAUGUAUCUAUUUUUAGAGGAUUGCAUGUAGCUAAUAAAGAGAAAUGCCAGGGCCAUGUGACAGUGUACUUGGCUUUGGAGAAAAAAUCUUGCACCUUUCAAGAUUUUUCUAGGUUACUGACUUAAAAAUUCAACACUUCUGUCUUCUCAGCAUCAGUAGGUUUCUAUCAGGAAUGGUAGAAGAUGUUGGGCACUUAACAAGGUUGUGACUUCUUCCAUAUAUUAUGGACUUGACAUGGUGAACCACUCAUAGUUCCCUCUCCUUGUGGCCGUUGUGAUAUGGUACUUUCACUUUUUUAAAAAACUAAAAGAUAAAAAAAUUCACAAACUUUUUCAAAACUGUUUUGUCUUCUUUCAUCUAUUUCUUCUUGUCAACUGUUGCUGUUAUUAAAAAAAGGGUUUGAGGGAAUUUGUUUGUUGGAACAGAUGUAGAUUUGUGUUUGUCAAUUUCUAAGGUGGAUACUAUGUUUUCAGGAGUGAGUGUUCUUGAUGUAUCCUUCAGUUUAUGAUGCAAAGAAUAGAAAAUUAAAAAGGAGGACCAUAUUAUAGUGGACCAAACAUUCGUUAGAAGUGAUGCCAGUGGUAGAUAAGAGCAUUUGGUGUUGAGGCAUAUUACAAUUAUCUUGAACGGCGGUGAGACUAAUCAUCACCUAAAUAUCUGACAGAAGACAAAGACCAAAAAAUAAGCCAAAAAUGAGUGAUCUCAAAGUAAUGAAUAGCUUAUUUCUGUGAGCUAAAGGUUACAGAGCAAAACAAUCGAUAGUUCAAACUCUCAGAAAGUUUUCAGCUGUACCCAGGCUAGCAACUUGAUUUUGCAGUGAGAUGAUGAUGAUGAUGAUAAAGGGGAUAAAGAAGAUAUUUAAAGCUCUGACUAACAGCACUGAGGGUACAAUACAGGUACUCUGGCUUAUUUUUAACUGAUGUUCAUAAUGUAUUUUGCCUGCUCUCUGCUCUGUUUGAAAAGAGAAGAUCAUGCAGGCAUAUUGCAUAGUCUUAUGUGUAGAAGUAUGUACAGCUUUGAAACACUUGCAUAACCUGUAGCAUUGUGUAGAAUGUACAUGCACUUGAUAAUUAGCAUUGUGUAGCAUACACGAGCACUUGUAUUUUGCUGAUGAAAAGUACUGUUAUUCUUCAUAAUGAAAAGGUACCUGCCAAGUGUAAAUUGCCAAAACUUUUUGGAUGUCAUGAAGUUAUAUUUUAAAAAUAAUUUUAUUAAAUCUAAGCAAACAAAUGCACUUAGUGUGCCUCCAGUGAUCAGCUUAUGAGAUCUGAGCAUAAGUAAAGUGGUGAAUUUGGAAUAUAUUGCUUAAAAGAUGCAUAUAUGUUUUGCAUUUUAAGUAAAUUGUACUGUGCAAGUUAACAUGGAAACCAUGAGAUGGCGUACUCCGUGACAUACUGUAUCAUGCUGUAAUAAUCUUUUUAGACAUAGGGCUUUGAGGUCAUCUUCCCAUGACAGCUUAUCACUGUUUUAGGAAUAUCAUCAGCUGGAUGGAAACAAAAAUUACUGAUGCACCUCGGUCAUGUAGAAACAUUUCAGUGUUGUGGCUAGUGUCACUGGACAUGUCACUUUUACAAUAAAGCCUUGUCAUGAUGUUUAAACUGUACCAUGUCUGCAAGCCCCACCAGGCAACCACCACCACCCCAGUGAGAAAUUAAAGAUACGAGGAUGGGGUUGGAAGAUGUGACCUAUAUGUAAAAUGAUAUGGCUAUGAUAAAGAGUAUGUAUCCAGUUGAGAUCUGUUGAAAGCAGUUUUUUCACCUAAUCAAAAAGGGAUAUUCUGCUACAAAUUACAUUUUUAACUCUUGUUUCCCAUUGUUAUUGUCAAUUAGUGCAGCUCUGAUCUCAAACCUGCAUGUUGGCAUCAAGUUGAUUUUCGUAGUUAACAAAAACCUCUGGUAUUGAAGUGAGUUUUCACUUCCCUUGAGACCAAUAUUUUUAAUGUACAUAGGUGUGUGUGAUUAUCUUAGACAACUAGUGAUAUGUAAUGAAAACUGUGAUUGAACAGAAAAUUUGUUUGCUGAAAUUGCCUUAUUCUUUGUCCAAGGAAAUGAGCUGUUGUUGUAAUUUGUAUGCACUGAUGUUGCAGACAUUCCUAUGAGAAAGUGAAGCUUUGAAUGCAAAAUAACAACAUAUCAGACAUACCAUUUUGCAACAGAUGUAAUCCAGUUUUAUGGCUUCAUUUUAUUGCCAUGGUUGUCACAAAUUUUUCUAUUGUUGAGUUUGUCACAGUGGGUCUCAAACAAAAAAAAUCUGGUCCUACUGAACUAAUUUCAGCUGUUCAUUAUGCAAAACUGUGGAGUUAAUGUGGCCUUGCUAUAGGAACCUCAGUGGAAAUAAUGGCCUGGAAGAAUAAUGUUAUGCAAAAUUAGAGAGCAACGUGCCCAUCGUGUAGUUGCCUCAGACGUUUUCUUGUGCUUAGUUUAUAAACAUGGUCUCAGAGAUAUGUUUUACCUAAACGUAAAAUGAAAAGCAUCAAAUAAUUGGUCUAAUUGUAAACCAAUAUUUAGAAAGAUUGUUUCACAUUGUAAAAUACUGUUUUCAUUUUCUGUUUUUUGAGCAAUGUGAUUUCUGUUUGCUUUAAGAUUAAACUGUCAUAUUUUUUGUACUUGUGAGAGCUGUUUUCACUAGAUGUAGACAUCAGCUAAGACCCUUAAACUAUAUAACAUUACAAAUGAGUCUGGAAGGCUUUUUUGAAGGAAGAUGUCAUUCAUACAUUAAACAUAAUAUACAGGUAGUACACUGCAAUCUGCUGAUAUACAUGAACCUUGAUGUACAGGAAUGUUUGUUUAUUCAGGUUAACGGAAGACAUUGCCACUUCCAACCAUCACUUUUCUGAAACUCUCAUUGUGUAGGGAGCACAGUUGUCCUGACAGACACAACAGAUACUGAAUAUCAAGCACAUGGGGUUUGUUUUGUUUUUAACUCUGCUAGAUGUACAGGUAAUAAGGAGCACUUUUUUCAUUUUUAUUGUGAAAAGUAGUAGGUGUAAUUUAGUGAAUUGUAUAGCUGUUUUUGGUUGUUGCUGUUGAGAGCAUUCGAUGUUUAUGAUGAAAGGAUUUAUUGCUACAGUGCUUUUAUUAUCAGUCCAAAGAUUGAUGUUUCAGGGUCAUUUGAUCUUCAGAUUUUGUCUCAUUUUUUAUUGUUGUAUAGAAUUGAAUAUAUAGAGCAUGAAGAUUUCUUCUAAAACAGUAUUUUAUGUUGUGUGUGGUUUUUGUUUAUUUUAACUGCAGCAUCUCAUUUUCAUUCAUUUGAACAGUUUGUGUUCAAAGUUUUUUUCAGGGUUAUGUUGUUAGCAUGUUAUGUGUACCCUGUGUGAUGGUACAAGCUUUUAAAAAAUGUAAACAGUUAAUCCACCAGGAGUUAUGCAUGUAAUGAUGUAACCAGCAGGUGAGUUCUUUUGUAGUUCUUAUAUAUCUAAUUUGGCUCUCUUCCCUUGAGAAAUUCUCUGCUUUACUAAACAUAGUUCUAACAUGCCUUUUAAAAUGGUGAAUAUUUUUUCUUGUCCAUAUCUUGAAACUUUGUACUUGUUUUUUAAAUGAUUAAUUUCUUCUGGAAUUUACUUUUGUGAAUUUUGUAGCUUCAGUUUAACUUUAUUUGAGGAAAUGGGAGAUGUCGUCAGCACUAUCACUUCCUUCAUUUUCAGUCACCAGCCAUAGUGUUUACACGAGUGAUACAAAUUUGUAUUUAUUUGUAGAAGUGCACACAGACACUCUUGCCCAAAUGAUAGAAAUUAAUGCACAGUUUAAUCCCCAACAUACCAUUACUUAAAAUAAAAGCAGCAAUGUUUGCUGUAUUCAUGCAACUUAUAUCAAUUUUUAAGGCGGAUCAUUCUGUGCAGUUGUCUCCAUCUCUUGUCUCACAGAGAGACUUUUAUCUUUAUUUUAUAUGCACAUGCCUAUGUGUAUUUGAGAGUGAAUCUGAAAAUACAAAAAUAUCAAACAUUAAUUGUAAAAUGGUUAGUUGUAAAAUGCUUCUGAAAGCACUGCUUUAGUGUCUUAUGGAUAUUUGGGAUUAAGAAAGAACACAGGUAUAUCUACCUUACAAGCGUGAGAAGGUAAAAGGUAGGAAGGAAUACUUGUAUUGCUUCUAGUCAGUCUGUGGGUGAUAUUGACUGGGGAUAAUAUUUCUGUUCGAAGGAAAAAUUUGUUUUUGUUGUUUAGUAAAUAUUGAGAUCACG